AUGUCAAGAUCAGCGCUGGUAUGCCUUUUUGGGAUGGUAUUCGGUAUGAGUGGCACACUCAUGCUCUCAACUGUUCGACGGGUUCCUCAUACAUCUUACUGCGAUGGUAUUGUUGCUAAAGCAAAAGAACCACGUUUAUUGUUAGUUGGCGUCAUGACGGCUGCAAAAUACGUUGAUACACGUGCAUACAAUGUUUGGAAAACGUGGGGUCAACAUAUUACUGGCAAGAUAUUGUUCUUUGUGGCUGAAGAUACGACGAGUAUUCACGAAGACAUGCCAUUAGUGCAGUUGAAGGGUGUUAAUGACGUUUAUCCACCUCAGAAGAAGUCGUUUGCGAUGAUGAAGUGGAUAGCUGAUAAUCAUUUGAAUGAUUUCGAUUGGUUUAUGCGUGCUGAUGAUGAUUUGUAUGUUCGUGUUGAGAAAUUGGAACAAUUAUUGCGAUCGCUUGAUUCGGACAAGGCUCAGCUGUUGGGUCAAGCUGGACUGGGGAACACGGCUGAAUAUGGACAGUUGGCACUGGGACAACAAGAUAACUAUUGUAUGGGUGGGCCUGGUGUUGUGAUGUCACGUGAAACACUUCGAGUUGUAGCACCAUAUUUGCGGUCGUGCUUAAUGGCGAUGUUGACCACACAUGAGGAUGUUGAGCUGGGCAGAUGUAUUCGUAAGCAUGUUGGUGUGGCUUGCACAUGGAACUACGAGAUGCAAGCACUCUUCCACAAUAAUCAAACAGUGCCAUACGCUUAUGAAGGUGCUAUCACUGAACUGCGACGUGCCAUUACUCUUCAUCCUAUCAAAAAAUCAACAUUAAUGCGCCGAAUGCAUUCAUAUGAUCGCUCCUUACAACUCGCUAAACUCCGUUCAACACGUAUCGCAUUAAUUGCUGAUCUUCCACUCUCGCAUGCACCUUCACUCAAUCGACAUAUCGCGAAUACAACGCAUGAUUUAAGGCAUUGGGACUUUAUUUCAUCAAACAGUAUUCUGUUUUGUGCCGAUCAAGUGAAUUGUCCGCGACAUACAGUUGAUCUUAGCAUACGUACCGCAAUCAGUGAUGUGAUCACUCAACUUUUCGAUGAAUUCAAUUCGAAUGCACGACAACGUGGUCGUGUUCUGCAAUUCCAGAAUAUCCAGUAUGGAUAUGUGCGUGUUGAGCCGCGAUUUGGUGUUGAUUAUGUUCUUGAUAUGAUCUUAUGGUUCAAAAAAUUCAGAGCACCGCAUAGAGCAACGCUAUCGGUAAGACGCCAUGCAUACGUACAACAAACAUUUGGUUCGUUGGAAGCCGUAUCGGAUGGGCAUCUAAGGGAUUCGCUUCGAAAACGCAUCAACAAAAUUAUACAAAAGAAAAAACUCAAUUCGACUGAACAACUCGAUUGGUCCAAAGUCUCUCUUCCACCUGAGCAGUCGCAUAUUUUCAUGAUUCUACCACUAUCUGGUCGUGCGGACACGUUCAAACGAUUCACUGAUCACUUGCGUGGAGUGUGUGCAUUUACGAACCAAUUUUCAUUGAUCGUCGUUCUUUUCGACUCGACUCCUGAAGAAGAUGCGGCCAUUCGUCGAACCCUCAAAGAAAUUUAUGAUGAAAUUGAUAUUCAGGUGAUCGAAAUGGGUCGUCAAGCAUUCAGCAGAGGUGUUGCCUUAUCGCGUGGUGCAGCUUCAUUGCCAUCUGAUGCGCUCAUGUUCUUUACAGACGUUGAUAUGUUAUUCACAUGUGAAACAUUGCAACGAAUUCGUCUUAAUACAAUCCGAGGAGCGCAGGUUUACUUUCCAAUCGUCUUCAGUGAAUAUUCUCCUGAAACAUGGUCAGACAAUGAUCGUCUGCUAUCGGAUGCGUUCCAUUACGGACGUAGGCGUGGAUAUUUUCGUCACUUUGGAUUUGGUCUAGUAUCAAUUUAUCGUGCUGAUCUUGAUCUGGUCGGUGGGCUUAAUCUCAACAUAAAGGCGAUGUCACUGUUAAACAGAAUUCAAAGCAGUCACAAUAUUGUGCUUAGUAGGAAACGGAAGGUGGGUAAUUCGACUGUGUUCAUCCUCAGCCUAGCUGUGGGAUUAGCUAAAAAGUACUGCUCUAAAGAAAGUUGUUUAAUAAUGAAAAUGUUGAAGGGUUGGGGAAUGGAGGAUGUUGAUUUAUUCGAGAAAUGUGUUCGUUCACCAUUACGGGUAUUAAGGGCACCAGAUCCCGGUCUUGUUCACAUCUAUCAUACAAUACGAUGUUCAAAUUCGAUGCCUGAUGCGCAACAUGCAAUGUGCAUCGGCUCAAAAGCAGCGAGCAUCGCAUCACUUGACUCUCUCGUUGACCAAAUAUCGACAUAUUCUUAG